CAUACGCCACCAUCAUCUAGCAUAUAUAAAUCCAUGUCCUGUGGCCAAAAUAUCAUAGAAUUAUUCAAAGGGAGUUUGGGAGAAUUUCGAAGACUGGUAGUUCUGCCCUGGCUUUCGUCUGCGUUGGUUAUGCCGUUUACUCUACCGGUUGCUUUAGCAUCUGAUUUGAAAAAAAUAGCACUAUUUAGAUCAUGGAGCAGGUUUCUUUCUGGUCAAAUUGUUACGAACCUCAGAUUUUAUCAUUCCAAGAAGUUCUCGACUGGCGAUUUUUCAGUUCAGAAGAUUUUCUUGUUUCCUUUAUCAAUUGCACCUAGUGGGAGGUUUUUGUGUAUGGUUGAUGACACAUCUGUUUUGAGAUACUCUGAAGAGGAAAUUGUGAGGACUGAAGCCUGCGUCAAUUCAGAGAAGUUUUACCACAUCUCUGGGUUUUGGAAGUAUUGAACAUACUAGCACCGUUUGUUCAGACUUCAGACUUUUGUAACAUCCAUCAUAUUUUCUCACUACAAAUCUCUAUUCAGAGUGAUGAGAUUUCCUAAGGGUUGCAUCAGAUUACACAUAUUUGAUUGCAUAAUAAUGUCUGGAGCUUUUGGAUGACAUUGUCUUGGCUCUGACAACGUCUUUCUCUUGAUCAGUAUCAAGAUACUCUGCACUCUGCAGUUCCACUUGCUUGCUACCUUCUCAUCGUGUGAUGUUUCUUUGAUUAACUGUCGUAGUGUACCUUAGAAUAAGGCUGUGACUGCCAUCCAUCACGAUCUCAGUGGUUUGCUUGCUUUGAAGGACAGUGCACUGGAAGAAUUAAAGAUGGAUUUGGUCAAAUCAGCCAUAUCUAUUACUAGCUAUUGAAUGCCAUAAUUUAGACAAGUAUAGCAAUUUGAGUUUCUUUCUUCCUUUCUUUUCUGUUUUGCAAUAAGUGUUGUUGACGCAGCUGUUGAAGUACAAGAAUGGAAAGGUACACGGUCAUUAAGGAAGUUGGUAAUGGCACUUUUGGAAAUGUUUGGCGUGCACUAAGCAAGCAAUCUGGUGAAGUGGUUGCAAUAAAAAAAAUGAAGGAAAAAUUUUAUUCAUGGGAAGAAUGUAUAAGCCUUAGAGAAGUGAAGUCACUCAAAAAAAUGAAUCAUUCAAAUGUAAUCAAGCUGAAAGAAGUUAUUCGAGAAAAUGAUGAAUUAUAUUUUGUGUUUGAGUACAUGGAAUGUGAUCUAUACCAGCUUAUGGAAGACAGGAGAACUUACUUUUCGGAAGAUGAAGUUAGAAAUUGGUGCUUCCAAGUGUUUAAAGGUCUUGCACACAUCCAUCAACGUGGAUACUUUCAUCGUGACCUCAAGCCAGAGAACUUGUUGAUAUCCAAGGAUACCGUUAAAAUUGCUGAUUUUGGUCUUGCGCGCGAGAUUCACUCUCAACCACCUUUCACUGAAUAUGUCUCAACCCGCUGGUAUCGGUCUCCUGAAGUUCUACUCCAAUCACAAGCAUAUGGUCCUCCAGUUGAUAUGUGGGCAAUGGGUGCAAUAAUGGCUGAGUUGUUCACACUGCGCCCUUUAUUUCCGGGUAACAGCGAGCCUGACGAAAUUUACAAGAUAUGCUGUGUAAUAGGCAGUCCAAAAAACUGGGAAUGGCCUGAAGGACAUAAACUUGCGCGUGCAAUGAAUUAUGUGUUUCCAGAAGUUGCUGGAGUCCCUCUGUCUGGGCUGAUGCCAGGUGUUAGUAAGGAUGCAAUCAAUCUUAUCAAGUCCCUUUGUUCAUGGAAUCCGUGCAAGAGGCCAACAGCCUCGGAGGUGCUUCAACAUCCAUUCUUCCAGAGCUGCUUUUAUGGUUCAUCACUGCACAAUAGGCCUGCUCUUGCAAGAGCUCCUCCUCUUGCUGGAACACACGGAGUUUUCAAGCAAAACAACAGUGGGAGGUUCCCAGCUGGUGCACAAAAGCUGGAUAUGAACAAUCAAGCUGCUACUAAUAGUGACAAAAACAUGAUGCAUCAGCAACCAAGAUAUAGGCCACCUGGAAUGAGGCCACCAAAUGGUUAUAUGGAGAAUGUCUACCGAGCAUCCGAUGCUGCUGAUAAGCUGGCAAACAUGACUGUUGGCACUGAUAGGCCAAUGGUUAAGAAGCCUUCUGUUCCUGCCCCAACUAUGAAGGCGGGAGGCUGGCGUGGGCAAUCGGGUAUGUUCCAUGAACGAUCCCGACAACACUUUCCCGGGAGAACUCACACCGGGAAAUUUGGUGGUUAAAGAAAUACUGUUUCACGUUCACAAGUAAGUUUCCUCUGUUCUUUUUGCCUGCUUCAUACCUGUCUGAACGUCAUUUGUUGUUUUUGUCUUGUCGAUCUGUUGGGAUAGCUACAAACUUCUACAGCAUGCUGUGUGAGAUGAUACAUACAUAAAUAUGUGUGUGUGUGUGUAUAUAUUUAUAUAGAUAUCAUUUGCUGCA